AUGAACAAUGACAGAGGGAAGGUUUUAUUGUCACUACGAUAUUCGACAUCUAAACAAGCUCUUAUUGUUGGUAUAAUACGAUGUUCAGGACUGGCUGCCAUGGACUCAAAUGGCUACUCUGAUCCUUAUGUUAAAUUAUAUUUGAAGCCAGACAGAGACAAGAAAUCCAAGUUUAAAACUGCUGUAAAGAAGAAAACACUGAAUCCAGAAUUCCAUGAGGAAUUUACUUACCAAAUCAAACACAAUGAAUGUGCCAAGAAAACCUUAGAAAUUACUGUCUGGGAUAGAGACAUUGGUAAAAAUGACUUCAUAGGGGGUGUACAGUUAGGUAUAAACUCUAAAGGAGAGAGGUUGAAACACUGGUUUGACACUCUGAAGUUUCCAGAUAAAAAAUAUGAACACUGGCAUACAUUGUCAGCAGAAUUGGUGCCUGAGCCGGAUGAUUAAUCUAAAAAUAUAGGUCAUGUGAUCUGGAUGGUUCUCUGCUUCGCAAUGGAAAAGUGCAGCAUUAUGUGUGCUCAGUUACAACUGACUGUUUUGUUUUUGAGAUAAGACAAUCUAUUAGAAUCUCAUGGUAGUUAUGGCAACUGUUCAAGUAUAUAUAUGAUAGAUUGAAAAUCUCAGCAAGAUGAAAACUCGUCAACGUAUUACAUGUAACUAGGAAAUGGAUAUAUAGAAAAAUUGUAUGAUUUUCAAAAAAUGUAACGGUUUAUUUAGGAAAAUGAUGGUAUAUUUUUGUAAGAAUGUGUUAUGUUGUGAUUUGGGAAGUUAUUAACAUAAAAAAAUUAAGUGCGUUACUUAGACUAUUACAUGAUUUAUUAACAAAGUAAUAUGGUUACAUGUGGAAUGAUUUUUAUUUACUAAAAAAAAAAAAUCAAAUGAUUCCCUUUCAAAAUUGUGUGAUUAUGAAGAUUACAUAUAACAAAGACGGGUCACUCUUCAAAUAAAAGAUUGACUGAUGACCCAGAUUCCGAGGAAGACCAGAUCAUGAUAAUCAAAUCGGCACUGAAAUGGGUUAUGUCCAGACAGUUAAAGAUAUUCUUAGGUUGAUGAUCCCUUUCUAUUCAAAACAAAAUUUUUUUUCAUCUUGC